AUGAGUCAAGAAGAGGAUGAGGCAGACAUUGACUAUUACGACCUCCUCGGCGUUCCUCAAGACAGCACGAACGAAGUAAUUGACAAGGCAUAUCGUCGAAGAGCCAGAAAAUACCACCCAGACAAAAACCGCGAUAAUCCCGAAGCCGCAACGAAAAUAUUUCAUCAAAUAAGUAAGGCUUACGAAAUACUUACAAAUCCACAAAAACGCUUGGUAUAUGACAACGCGCGUAAAGCACGCUCUGCACUCAAAGUUAGACAUGAAGCACUGGAUGCAAGGCGGAAGGCUAUGAAAACAGAUUUGGAAGACAGAGAAAACGCCGCUAGAUUAGAAAAACGAAGAAAAACCGCGACCGAAGAAUCAAGGCAGGCAAAGAUUGAACGUCUGAAAGAAGAGACAGCACGAAGACGUGAAAAAAUGGGAAAGGGAAUAUAUGGAAGAAAGCAAGGAGAUAAGUCAUAG